AAAGGAACAUUGCCUGGUUCUUGUAUUUCUUGAUUGCUAAAUAUGACAAGCAGGAUCUUUAUGAUAAAGUUUUGACAUGGGCUAUCGGAAAAGCCUUCUCUCACAUCAAAGCGUCCAAAGUCAAUUUGUCGUGGUAAGGUUGCCAGGUCAAAGUUUUUGUGCAUUCCAUUGUCUCACGCUUUCUUCCCUUCUUUAUUAUUCAUCAUAGUCGGUAUGCGCGUCUCAUAUCUGUGCUUUGUAGAACAACAAACGAUUUACAACGAUUGCGAUGCUUCUGCUAUGAUCUAUGUCGCACUAUGCCUUUGGAAUCAAAUGUUCUUACGACCACACUCAAUGUGGCUCUUGUAUGUCCUAUUAUCUUGUCACUCCAUAAACCACCCGAAGUGAAUGCUGCAGGUACCGAUCUGGUUAUCAAAACGCUCGAAAGUGUCAUGGCAAGGAAAACCGUAACUGAACCAAAUAUAUACCGAACGCUUUCUAAUAUUCUUGGCUGGCGAUCCCUGGAACAAGUGCCACCGCUUGAGAAUGUCAUCAAAGAAUUUGCGACGCUUUUCCAAAUUGAAGACUUUAAAGUCCUGAGUACUCUCAAUCCAGCGGCUUUUGAAGAUUUGCGAUUCAAUCUCGUGAAAUCCCUGGAAUUGGCAUUCUAUCACAUGACGCACUGGAACAUCGUUUAUGACGACUUUGUUCGUAACGUAGUCUGGCCAAUGAUGAAUGAGGAAGCCCUUGCCGAUAUCGCCUUGGAGCUCAUGGUACUACUUGGCCAAUUCGGUUUACCGAAAAAUGAUACGGAACAAGAAAAGAAGGGUGUCCGAUUCAUUCGCGAUCGCCUUUUACAUAUACUUUCAGUAACAGAUAUGCCGCCUGAAGGUGACAGCUGCCCGCGGCAUGCUCGUCUUGCAUAAUAACACAAUAUCCAACAUCCGACCGAUAUUGACGUGGUUCGAAGCACUCCCUUCGACUUCCAAGUCCCAUCUUCCAAAUGACUUUUGUCAGCACAUCGUGAAGAUCCAAACAGCUUUGCGAAUGCUGCGCUAAAAUCCCUUCUCCCGACAUUCGAACAACCACAUACUCUACGCAACCCAACAUGUUACCACACCUCAUCGUACUUUUUCAUCUAUGCAUAAAUUUGUGAAUAAAUUUCAUCUACAGAAUUAGCUUUUGCUGCCAC